UCGUUCCCGCGCAGGGAGCGCGCUGCGCGGCCGUGGAGGCGUGACGCGCCGGAACCGCAUCUCCACGAUGACAGGUCCUCCUGACGGACCCUACGUCCUCUGACGACCAUGGACCCUGAGAUCCUGCCGGACCCUGGCUCCAGGACCAGGACCAGGAUGGAGCCCAGAACGUUAGUGUGUAGACAAACACUCGGCGCGAUCCUGCUGGUGACUUGCACGUUGGUUUCCAUGGUAACGUCCAGUUCACCUGCCGCAGGUGUGCUGGACCUCAACAGGACGGCGGAUCCCUUGUCACCUCCGUCAACAUCACCAUCUUCCUCAACCACCAGUCCGCCCGAUGACUCUGGUUACCAUGGUAAUGGUGGUGGCGCCGGCGGACUUCAGGAGGACUUGGAUUCUGGUGCUCAGGGAAUCCACCUCCUCCUGAGACCCCCUGACCUCCUGUCCCCCAGUCUCCCCCCACCCCUCCCCCCUCACACCCAGACUAUCAUUACCCCUCCUCCUUCCUGGGAGCAGGGCCCUUCCCUGGAGGAGGCCUGGGGCUCUGGAGACUACCUGGAGACUUUGUCCUUCAUGGUGCCUGACGGUGAGGAGCUAGCCCUGGCCACCUCACUGCCCAGCCACCCCUAUGACGAUGAUGCCGUUGGGGACUGGGUCUCCUAUGACACUGCCUUCCCUGCCCGCCCCAUUCUCCCCCUCUCCACCCCUCUCCCCCUCUCCCCCUCCUCCUCCACUCCCAGCUUCACCCUUCAUACUCGUCCAACCCACCCGGAUGUCUUCCCCACCUGGGACGAGGACUACGACCAGGAGGAUAUGACGCCUUUGGAGCCGACAGAAGUGCUGCUGCCAGACAUGAACAGUCUGGAGUACUACAGCAACCUAGUGGCCAAGGAGCGGGAGAGAGAGAGGGAAAGAAAGAAGGAGAAAGAGAAUGAGAGAGAGAGGGAGAGGGGAACAGACCAGGAUCAGGUCAACCAGACAACACAACCUCAAACCCCACCUCCAUUUGCAUCCCCUAGCUCGAGUUCUCCUCCAGAUCAGAAACCAGAGCAUCCUCUGGAGGGGCUAACUCCUCCCCUCACGCUCUCACCAACCCUCACAGGUAAGAAGAAACCACCUGCUCCAGUAACCACCUUCAAACCCAUCUCCACCCCGCCUACUGUUCCAAAACCUAAAGACCACAUUCCAGUCUCUGGCAGAUACCCUCACCGCCCCCCUUCCAACACCACUGGCCGGGUACCUCCGCCUCCCCCGCUAGGGCCACCCACCCAUCCUGACAAACCAGAAAGUCCUGCGGUGGUCACAGAAAAACCAGCACAGGUUCCACCAACAAGGGUUACCACCACUACCACCAAGCCGACAACCACCACUGCCACCAAGGCCACCACCACUACCAAGGCCACCACCACCACGACCCAAAUCACAGCCAUCAGCCUGACCAGAGCGCCCCCCGUCACUACACCUAGAGUGGUGCAGGCCCCGCCCACCCGGCAGUACUUGUGUAACAUCACCAAGCCAGAGAUGUACCUGGUCAGAGUAGUCAGCUCCAAAGGUUCAAUGGCGGGUUUCAGUCAAGUCCGAGAUCUUCUGAAGAGAGAGUUCAACCGAACUGUGGAGCUUCAGUUCCUCAGAUCUCCGUCCAGCUUUGCCUUUCGCGUCGUAUCGGGACCGCUGGUCUUCACCGCCAUUGCCGUAAUCAAUGCCCUGCGCCACCCUCCGCGCUCAUUCGGUCCCUUUCCCUCUGUGUCAACGCUCUACUCCGUGCCCGACCUCAGGUACCAGAUCCACUCUGUGCUGCAGUUUGUCCCGGCCCAUGUCGAUGUCCGAGUCUGUAACUUCAGCGAACGGGUGGAGAGAGGGCUGAUGAUGGCGUACGCCGAGACACGGAGGAGAUCUCAUGAAACAGGAAACAUCACCAUACAGCUGUUGAACAUCACCAUGGGCGUGUCCCGGCUGGCCACUGAGCAGAAGGUUCCAGUCGACAUCUCGUUUGCUGUGCGUGAUGGGCGGGGUUAUGUCCCAGGGUCAGAGGUCAGUGAACACCUGAGGAAGCUCAGCGUGGUCGAGUUCAGCUUCCUCGUGGGGUUUCCUGUCAUCCAGAUCGCGGAACCCUUCCACUACCCUGAGCUGAACACGUCCCACCAGCUGCGCUCCACCUGGGUCCGUACAGUUCUUCUGGGUGUCCAGGAUCAGCUCGUGGCUCAGAGAAGCUUUAAAGCUCAUCUAGAAAGACGCCUGGCUCUGCUGCUGGAGGAGGGACUGCAGGAGGCCAGCAGGAGGCGCUGGAGAAGAGCAACAGCAGUGGGCAACAGUAGCCUGCAGGUGGUGAGGGUUGUGAAGAUGUCAGGUGCACAGCACCCCCUGGAGGUAUUUUAUUUUGUGGAGGGUCCAAGAGGUGAGCGAGUCCCAGCUGAGACGACGGCCGCCACCUUGAAUCACCUGGACCUGCAAAGAGCUGCCAUUGUCCUGGGACACAGAAUCCAGAGACCGCUGGCCCAACCCGUGGAGACACUGUCUGUCCCUCCAGCAGAGACUCAGAGCAGCAGCAUCUGGCUGAUUGUGGGAGUGGUUGUCCCCGUCCUGCUCGCCGUCUUCAUCAUCAUCAUCCUCUACUGGAAACUCUGCGGCUCAGAGAAACUUGAGUUCCAACCGGAUGCCAUCAACACAAUCCAGCAGAGACAGAAGCUUCAGGCUCCGAGUGUGAAGGGCUUUGACUUUGCAAAGCUCCACCUCGGUCAGCACAGUAAAGAUGACAUCAUGGUGAUCCAGGAACCAGGGCCACUGCCUGCACCUGUCAAAGAGGCCACGCCCUCUGACGGCGGAGACCUCAACACUCCCAAAUCUAAAGGAUCAUCCACUAAGGCGGGCCGGUCCAGCCGCCGCAGGGGAAGACUCAGCCCAUCAGAUGGUGACUCGUUAGGUAGCGACCAAUCCAGCGGAAGAGAGUCAGCAGAGGAAAGCACCAGACCUGUGGCCACACCCAGUGAAGGGAAACAACACAGGAAGACGCCUAAAAAUGGGAGGAGCAAGAUAGCUCACUCAGGCAGUGGUCCGGAUGAGCUCCUCUCCUCGUCCUCCAUCUUUGACCAUGUCGACCGCCUCUCUCGAGGCUCGUCUGAUGGCACCCGGCGGCAGGCCAACAAGGUGCAGCUGAUUGCCAUGCAGCCACGACCGAGUCCGCCACCACAGCAAAUGCCACCGCAACUGAGCCCCACACUCACAGAGAAGGUCAACACAGAGGUGGCCCUCAGACACAAGUCAGAGAUUGAGCAUCACAGGAACAAACUCAGACAGCGUGCUAAGAGACGGGGUCAGUGUGAGUUUCCCUCAAUGGACGACAUCAUGGAUGCCUUUGGAGACGGACCAGUCCAGAGUGAGGUAGCACAGCGACUCUACAGCUCCGCCCAUGACCACAUGGACUGUAUUCUGCAGGCCGACGCCCACUCACCACCCACCUUUGCCGACUCCAGGAAGAGGGGGAGGCGCUCUCCUCAUGGUCGUCGUGGUCACCCAGGACCUGGAAGUCUUCCUGAUACUGACAGAGAUAGACUGCUCACUGAUCAGAACGCCACUUACAGGAAAUACCCCGGACUCAACAACGUGGCGUACAUGUCAGACCCAGACCUGCCACCAGAUCAAGGCAGUCCGUCCCCUACUGACGAGGUGUUUGACUCGGCCCCAGCCCCUCCUCCCUACAUGCCCCCCCAGCCAUCCAUUGAGGAGGCCCGGCAGCAGAUGCACUCCCUCCUGGAUGAUGCUUUUGCCCUGGUGUCGCCAUCAUCACAAGGCAGUGCCGGGGUGAGCGGGGUAAGCCCUGCCUUGCCCAGUCCCUACCCUCUGGCCUGCCCCCCUGGCAGACAGUGGGACCCUUACUCAGCUGCCCCCUCCCAAAGCCCUUUUUCUGCACGAUACGCAGAGCUGGGAAUGUCUCCGACAUCAAUCCAGGGUCUCCUGCAGAGGCAGGGCCUGAGCUCAGGUGGGUAUGUCUCCACUGGAGAUCAGCUGCAGGAGUCCGUUUACUCCAACAGGGGGCAAUAUGAAGACCCUCCCUCCUCCUCCAGACCACGACCUGUAGGGGGCAGCACAGGUGCACAGCUUCACCACCUCACACAGGUCGGCUUAUCCAGUCAGAUCAGGGCUUACCCUGUGGUGGGUCGCAGCAUGUCUGGCCCCACUGGUUCAAGCUGGAACCAGCAACACUCAGACCAGGACCUAUCCAGACCUGGAGACAGCAGAGAGAGUGUGCUGUCAUUCCCUGAGUUCUCCUCCUCCUCGGUUUUCCAGAUGCCCAGCUCCUCACUGCGGGACCCAUCAGCACCACCCCUCCUCCUGACUUCUCCCACUCCCGAAUACCCACCAGAGGAUGCCUCACCCUCGGCCCACACAUCUGCCUCACUUAUCAAGGCUAUCAGAGAGGAGCUACGUCGUCUGGCCCAGAAACAGGCUGCUGUGACCAGCUACUCUUAGACUGACCUAGAAUUGUUUGGAUCACGACAAGGCUGGCCGCAACCCGGGAUUUUAUUAAACCACUCAGAGCAUGUGAGGAUCCUCAGUCUGGAUUCUUUCGAGCAGAUCCACUUCUGUGUCACUAAGUCCAAAUUAACUCUGGAUCAUGAUCCACAUCGCCUGUUUCUUAACCGAAAGACCCCCGGUACUUUACAGGGUUCUGUCUGCCCAUUUUUCUGUCGGUCAUUAUUCAGAUCAGCGUUUCAUUGAACAGGAGUGUGGCUUUUCACAUUUCCACUGAAGUGCUUCCAAAACUGGAAUGUCCCUCCUAUAGUCAUGCGUUCUGAAUGUGUGGUGUUGGUGGUCCCUCCAGACCUUCUGGGGUCAAUCACACCUGAAGGAGUUCUGGAGCAGAAUUUAUGUCCUGUAGUCCUGGACGGACUGGCUAUUCUGGAUUUUUAGGGUAGAUGGUCACUCCUAGUCUCCUGGAGUUGACGGUCGCUCCUGGUCUCUUGGAGUUGAUGACCCCCCUAGGUCUUCUGGAGUCAGUGGUCCUUCCUGGACUCCUGGAGUGGAUGGUUCCUCCUUAGCUCCUGGAGUGGAUGGUCUGUCCAUCCUAACCUUCUAGUGUGAAUCAUAUUUUAUGAUGUUCUGGUUUGGUCAGUCUCUCCUGAACUUCUGGUUUGGAUCAUCCCUCCAGGACUUCUGAUUUGGAUCGUCCCUCUGGGGGUUCCGGUUUGGAUUGUGCCUCUGGAACUUCUGUGGUGCUAACCAUCAGCCUCAUACUCAUCAUAAUCAUUUACUCACUAACCACCUGUUGCCUUCCACACCUCCAUCAGCCAAUGGGAAUCAGGUCUCUUUUCACAAACCACAUUGAUGAGGUCUUUGCACUGUCGACAGCAGGUGGCGGCUUUCAGUUCCUAAAGCAAAGGGACAAAAAGAGGAAGAAGUAUAUAUAAAUAUCUAUAAGAAUUAAUAUAAAUAUACUGUAUGUAAAGAGAUAGAAUACAAUGAGCACAAUAUUAAUGUCAGAGUUAUUAUCGCAGUAUUGAGAUGUUACUUAUUUUUAUCGCUUAUAUCUGAAAGUAACUUUAUUUUAACGAGAAAAGACCAAACUACUGUUCGAUGGUUGUUUCCUCUUGUGUUCACGUUGGCUGUAGAUUUUCCCGCCGUCUUCUGUUUCUCCGUGGAGAUGUGGCUGCUCACUUGCGUGUUUAUGUAUCAGUGGCAAUGAGAAAAAAAAUAAUUAUAAUAAUUGCAUCAUUAUAUAUUGCGCUUUAUGUCACUGAUUUGUCGCACUCAUCGGGUCAGUGACAGAACGCAGAGUCUGUGAGGCGACAGGUGCGUGAAAAGACGGGAAACAGUAGUCCAAGCAGAAGCUAAAAGCUAUUAGUUGAUACAGCAGUGCCCCCCGGUGGCUGUGAUAGAUAUUGUGCACAACAUUUUCUCUUGUUUGGUUUGACUGUUUCCCGUCUCAGCUGUUUUCCUGUUUGAUGUCAUGAGGACGUCAGUCGCUCUGAGGCUCCGAGCUUUGGGUUUGUUUAUCGUCUCCAGCAUGUCCGACCCAGUUUGAGGCUUUAGCUGCUCGUGUUGUUCGUGUUAGCAUGCUGCUGCUAAAAGAUAUAAAAAAAAACAACAGCGUUUAUAGAAGUGAAGAGUGAGCUGAGUGAUUAAUGUCACAGUGCCAUGAAACCAUCCUUCAUCCAAACACAGCAGAAAAAAAACAAACAACCCCAUCCGUCUCUUUUACGAUAUUUUUGACGACGUAA